UCAGUGUUUCGGGGUGAAGAUUUUUAAAAAUCAGUCUCUGACAAGCAAUUUUUACGCAAUUGCUGAGCAGCAAUCCAAAAUCAGAGGCCCUUGGUUUUAAAUUGAUGCUUAAGGCUAAGACUGAAAACUUUCACCUUGAUGUUCGCAAGAGAUGUUAGGACUGUUGUAAGUCUAACCGAAGGAACUUUCAAGACAUAAUCAAAUUCAUCAUGCAUCUGGAGGUGAAGGUUGCGUUGAACUUCAUCGUGUCCUACUUGUACAACAAGCUCCCACGCCGUAGGGCGGAUCUGUUUGGCGAGGAGUUGGAGCGUAUCCUGGUGUCCCGCUUCGAAGGGCACUGGUACCCUGAGGCUCCUUUACGUGGUUCUGCCUUCCGCUGCCUCCAUCUGGGUGCUCCCAGGGACCCUGUGGUGGAGCUGGCAGCCAGGAGGAGCGGUCUGGACACCGAAGAGGUCCGUGCCAAUGUUCCCCCCGAGCUCAGCAUUUGGAUCGACCCUUACGAAGUGUCCUACCAGAUUGGGGAGAAGGGUGCUGUGAAAGUCCUCUACACGGAGGACCUGCCAGGUUUAGGGUGCGACAGCGAAAGGUUUGAUGUCACUCUCAAAGGAGACAUGGAAUUCGAGGACGUCAAGAGUCUGGGCUUUAACCCAGAGGCUCAGGUGUUCAUACCCAUCGGUGGCCAGGUGUCACCGGUCAUGCUACCCUCACUCUCCAGUUCGCCAACUCCUCUUUCUACCUCAUCUUGCCCGGGACUCUUCGGUUACACCACUCCCACCAAUCCCAGCGCUCAUUCAUCCAACACAUCCACCCCCUCGCCACCAAGCGCUGGUCUUUUGUACUCCACUCCCAACCCCCGGCCCGCACCUCAGCCGAUCACCUUCACCACAGCCAGCUUUGCCGCCACCAAAUUUGGCUCCACCAAGAUGAAGUGCGGGAACCCCGGAGUUGCUUCUGGUUCUGGCGUCGCCACGGCCCCGCAACAGAGGAUGAUCACGCGCUCCCCCAGCACCAUCUCCCCACCGGGGCUGGUCAGGCACAAACCCCUUUCCCUCUCCAUGCACUCUCUAGCUGGACCCAUCCCAAGCCAGUUGUCUCCUAAUGCCAAAGAGUUUGUGUUUCCCGCUUCCCAGAGGCUCAUCUACUUUGACACCGAAGGUCCGCCAAUGACGCCGUUCCAGGCUCCGCACCCACACGCCUCCUUCGAUCCAUUCUCUAGUCCACAACCAGGUCAGGCUGUGGGAAUCAUUGGAGGCAACAGUGGAAUUUCCUACAUUGAUAAACCUCCAUUCGUGGAAGGACUCGGAUACAACCUGCAGUAUUCCGACCAGGCCUUCCAACCUGUGGUGCUGGCCAACUAAAGUCUCCGAGUUGAAGCGAUCCCAAUGCUGAAACACUUUCCUUGAGAAUUUUUUCCUCUCCAUGAAUCACUGUUACUACCACCAUGAUAAAUCAAGAGUAUUAUGACUACUAAUUGAGUAUUACUUGUGAUUGUUACUUUUCCGUUCAUUUGUUUCUUGUUUCAUGAUGAUUUCCAGUCUGAUGUAACCAGCCUCCUGUUGCACAGGUGUUUUUGUGUUUGUUGUUUUCAGUAAUGAGUCACUUUAUCGCCCAAAUGUUUCUUUAUAAUCUUUGUUUAAUGCUACUUUUUAAAAUUGAUUCUGGGAAAAAAAGCUAAUAUUCUUAGAGAAGAUUCUAGAUGCCUAAAAGGGAUUUUUGGGAUGGUGUUUAUGUUCAGAAACAUAACGCUCUGGAGAUUACAGCCACAUUAACAGUUCGGUCACACCUCAGUUGUCAUAAUUGAAGAUUAAUGGUAAUUUUAUGACAUGUCCUCUGAACCGAUGUGGGUCUUGUGCUCUUGAGCUGAUGAUUAAGAGGCAGUUCAUGUUUGGUAUGUUGGGUUAGCUUUAGGAUUGUCCUUUACAGUUUGAACACAUUGAGCCAAAUCCUGAUGAAACCAGCCAGUGUUUAUACCCGUUUCUAGUGCGUCAGAUUGGGAAUUGAUGUUGUAUAUUUUCAUUCUGGCAGAUCUGGUAAAUUCAGACACCGAAGACGAUUGAUUGCUGGAUUGUUGCGUGAGUCUGAUUGGUUUCACACUUGGGUUCCUGGUCAGAAGUGCGUGAAGGUACUGGUUGGAGCUUUUGAUAAACUGCUGAGUGUCUUUGAAGGAAUAGGACAUGAGAUUAAAGGUCAUUGGUGCGGAGAUGCACAGAUUAUCUUAUGCGCGUGUUGAAUUUAGUGCUUUAUUUUUACGUUCCAGAGGUUGUAAAUGGUGGUUUGCAAGAGAUGCUACAGUGAAAAUUGCACUUUUUCUCCGCUCAAGGACUCUGAAUGUUACCUCAUAUUCUGACUGCAGUGGCUGUGUUUUGUGAAGCGUUUUAUUGCGCUAGGAUGGAGGCUGGCAUUCUAGAAUCUUCUUGAAGGUAGGAGCCAAUGCUGGCUUCCUUUUAUGACAUCACUUCCCCCUCAGCGUACUGCCCCGUCCAGCCGCACUGCA